GCCGGGUAAUACAAUCAAAAUGGAAAGAAUGCCAAGUUGUGAUUGGUCGGCGCCAACGCAAGUCAGUUUUCUGUUUGCCACAUGGACGCUAUGUCGUGUUUGGCUGUUGCGUAGUCGAAAUUUUAAAUGAGAAAAGUGUAAAUACCAUACGUCUUCCCGCAAAGAAAACACGAACUGCACAUCUAAAUUUAGAAAUAGAUAUUUGUGUUAUUUCUAAUUCGUUUGGAAUUUUUCGUGACAUGUUUGGUAUCUAAGUUAUGGAUUAUUUUAUAGUAUUUUUCUGAUUACUUUUACAGUUUUGUGAGUGGACGUGUGUAUUGGAUUCUGAUUUGAAUUGUACUCUCCAUAACCAAUGAUGACGUGACAACAAAUUAUGCGGGAAAAUAGUGAUAUGUCAUAGUGACAGUGACAAUUGAAAAGAUGGCAGCGUUAGUACGAUUAUUAUGUGCAUUAAGUGCUUUUGUGUGUGUGAAUGGACAUGUUGCCCUAACCUACCCACCAGCUAGAAAAUACGAUUUAGACUUUUUAGAUAAUUCGAGAACAAAACCGCCAUGUGGAAUGCCCAAAGGAUCAAUACGUACAUCAUUUUUAGCGGGAUCGGCCUUCACAGUACAUUGGCAUUUAGCAUAUGCACACCGGGGUGGAUUUAGUCUAAGAAUAUUGGACUACUUAGAGCGACCUCUAUUGGACCUUACACCAAGAGCUGGCGGUUCCGAGUUUGUUCGUGAUGAUGUGACUGCUCAAAAGUACGAAGUGCAUUUACCAAGUGACUUCACAUGUGAAAACUGCACGCUGCAAUUGCAAAGAGAAGCCGGGGAGUGGGGAGCCAACUACCGCUUCUGGUCCUGCGCAGACAUCGAUAUUGUACCACGAAAACAAUUCCACGAGACGUGUUCAGGCAAGGGUUUCCACAUCCUUGGUAGAUGCAAAUGCAAUAAAUUGCACAGUGGGGCGCGGUGCCAGUUCUCCGAUGAAUGUUCUGAGGAUACUGACUGUGGUCUCCGAGGGAAGUGUGUGGAUGUCAACGCUACGGAGUCACCCAGUCGAAUGUGCUACUGCCCUCACGGAUUCUAUGGGAAGGGGUGUAAUAAAAAGGCUCCAUGGAAAGACAAGGCAUUGAACCUAGGUCUCUACAGCAAGAGGGAGUUGUCAAAGGACUUCUCUCUCUACUGGCGCAUUAUCAGGGACCUUCAGGAGGUGGAAAUCGUUAUGAUAGUUAACGGGACUUCUUAUGCAGCCGUUGGUUGGCGCCCUCAAGGUUUGAAAAAGGAAUGUAAAAACUUCCCAGUGCUGGGUUCACCACCUGAAACACAAUCAGAGCCGUUGCCAAAACCUGAGCCAAAAUCAGAGCCGGCACCUAAAUCAGAGCCAGAACCAUCACCUGAGCCUAAAUCAGAACCGCAACCAGAGCCAGAACCCAGCCCGGAACCAUCGUCAGAACCUGAGCCUACACCUGAACCGAAAGCUGAACCUUUACCUGAACCAGAGUCACCAAAGUCAGAGCUAACAUCUACAUUAGAACCAAAGCCCGAACCCUCUUCGACGUCUGAAGAAACAAGUACUGAAGCGUAUAACACUGAAAACGACCGAAAUAAACGCGUCGCAAUGCACACAUUGGACGGUUUUGACUUUAAGAACCUGGGAAAUGAUGUUACUGUAAAAACCAGUAUUUCCUACAAAAUUUCGAGUUCAAAAGGUCGCAAAAAACGAGCUGCUCAAGAAGUUGAAAAGUCAAAUGUGGAAACAUCGACCAGUUUUAUAGACCAUGAAACUGAAAAUUAUCCAAUUCCUUUACCAACAAAACCCACCGUAGCAUUGUCGUCUCCAACUAAACAUAAGCCAUUUAAACCAAAGAUUAAACUAGGUCCCAGGCCUCUAUUGCUUUCUCCUCAAGAAUCAAAAGCUACACCUAAGCCUCCAUCACAGCCUAAAACAGAACCAGAACCAGAACCAACAUCUGAUUCACAAUCAGAACCAGAACCUUCUCCUGAACCUAAAGCAGAACCAGAAUCUUCUCCUGAACCUAAAGUAGAACCAGAACCUUCUCCUGAACCUAAAGUAGAACCAGAAGCUUCACCUGAACCUAAAGUAGAACCAGAACCUUCUCCUGAACCUAAAGUUGAACCAGAACCUUCUCCCGAUCCUAAAUCAGAACCGCAUUCUUCUCCUGAGCCCAUAGCCUUAACGCCGACAAUAAAAACGGACUCCGAAUCUUCACAGGAACAAUCCCGUCAGCCUAAAUCUAGAAAUAUUUCCGGUAAAGAACCUACCCCUGAACCGAAAUCUGAACCAGAACCUACUUCUGAUCCCAAAUUAGAACAAGAACAUUCUACCAAGCCAGAACCAGAGUCCUCUCCUGAGCCCACAUCCGAGCCAGAACCUACUCCUGAACCAAAAGCAGAACCAGAACCUACCCCUGAGCCUAAGUCAGAACCAGAGCCUUCCCCAGAACCCAAAUCAGAACCAGAACCUACCCCUGAGCCUAAGUCAGAACCAGAGCCUUCCCCAGAACCCAAAUCAGAACCAGAACCUUCUCCUGAACCAAAAGCUGAACCUGACCCUACUUCCGAUCCAAAAGCUGAACCUGAACCUACUUCCGAACCGAAAGCUCAACCAGAACCUUCCCCUAAACGUAAUUCGGAGCUAGAACCAUCUCCCGAACCAAAUUCAGAACCGACACCCAUUCCUGAACCUGAAUCAACUCCUGAACCAACAUCUGAAAUAGAUCCUACUCCUGAACCUAGCGCAGAAGCCGAUGCAGAGAAUUUAUUAGUGAAAGGCCUAUAUGAAGAAACAGGUUAUUUCCCAUCUCACGAGUACGUGCCUAAAUUCGACUUUAAUCCUAUGGACUGCACGGAUAUUGUGAUCGGAACUGCUAGAGGAAACUAUCAUAGGGUUUUGGAUUACUAUACAAGGGACAGGUCUACGCCCCGUGUGGACACAUUCUGGGGUGGUCAUGACGAUAUCACGGUUUCGUCUGGGUUUGAAGAAAAUGGUGUAACUACUAUAAUGUUCAGAAAGAAAAUUAAGGCUAAAGAACCAACAGACCAUUCCUUAGUGGAUGAUCUCAUGCACGUGAUUUGGGCUCGUGGGCAGGAGAUGGGCAGAUAUAUACACUCACCGCCCGCGGGACUCGCGCAAGGAGACUUCUACAGACCCGACGAGCUCAAGUACCACGGUCACGGAGACCAGAGGGGAGUUGUUGCUAUGAACUUCUUCGAAGAGACAAAAACGUCACUAUCGGGCAGUAUUAGCUCUUUAGAUAAUAACAAGUGCGGAGCACAGUUCAAAUGGCCUUCAGCUUGUGAUGUCGCUAACAACACUUGCGACUAUGUUGCAUCUUGGGAGUAUCUAGGACAGAAGAGAGGAAAGGAUUCUAUUCGAUUCACCAUCAUCACCAAACAGACUAAAUAUUGGACCGGAAUUGGGUUCAGUCGGGAUCAAAAAAUGUCUCAAACCGACGCAAUACUUGGCUGGGUGGACAGCCGUUCUGGUAGACCGUUUGUUGGCGACGCCUGGCUUUCUGGUUACUCGGCACCGAGGUUUGACUCCCGGCAGGACAUUACCCAGGCGAAGGGAGAAACAUCGGACGGGUUCACGACUUUGAGUUUUGUGAGGAAAAGGGAUACUGGGGAUAAUAAAGAUCUACAAUUUACGGACACGGAGUGUCUCUACUUGAUGUUCGUGACGCAGGGCGGCAGUUACGACGCUGUCAACAAACGGACAAGCAAACAUCAGCAAGUACCCAUUGUCACUGAUGACAAGAUAUGCAUUAAGCCUUGUGGACCAGAACCUAUUGAAGAAGAACAAACAACAGAAGCAGUAAUUCCUGGUUCCCACACGUAUGCCCUGCUCAUCCGGAUCACGGGUCUGGCUGAUAGCUUCAGGCCUCCGGCUGCAGCUAGCCCUGAGUACGAGGAGCUGGCGCAAAGGGUCGUCAACAGCUUGGCUGGAGAAUUGGCCAGGACGAAGGGGUACAAGGAUGUCAAAGUUAACGGAUUUAUGCAAAACGAAACAAAGGCAAUACUGGCAGAAUUAACUUUAAGGUCCAUCGAAUCGAACCUCAUAGAAGGCAGCGCUCGGUCAUUAGAAGGUUCUCCAGCACAGAACGAGACAGAAGAUGACACGGAGAAGUGGGAAAGGGCAGUAAGGGACACAUUGGCCAAGGGACAAGUUGGGAACUUGAAUGUUGACCCCGAGUUCUUGGUCUUUGCUCCGGAAAGCUUAGUGAUAGGCGGGAAUGAAGAGAAGAUAUCGGAAGGUGGUUUCGGGUCUGCAGCACGGCUUUGGGUCGUGGUAGGAUGUGUCGCCGCAUUAGUUCUAUUAGCGUUGGUGCAGGCUGCCUGUACUCUGGCUCACUCUACCAGAGAUAAACAUAGAAAGGACCGCCUAAUUCCUCAAACUGUUUGGAAAGACAUAACAUCAGCAAAUACGAACUACGCAUUUGAACCUUUUGAAAACGACGAAAAGUUCAACUCUUCCCGCUCGCCCACGAGACCUACUUCCCCACCCCCGCCCAGACCUGACCAAGCCCGGAACGGGCACAGUGGCCAGAAAAAUGGAAAAAGCAAUGGGAAUAAUGGCCAUUUUAAUGGACACUCAAAUGGGCGUGUGGUAAAAACUCCAACGGGAACUGCAAACAGGAAGCUCCAUAAUAGCGCAGCGCAGUAUUAUCAUGAUACCAGGUCGCUGCAGAGACCUAGGAGUCAGUAUGGCUACGGCCGUCCAGAGCACAGCAGCUAUUCUCUUCCCCGAGGACCGCAAUCUCCUGCUUCAGUUCAAAGCGGUCACAGCGGAAGGUCCCGGGAACCGGCACAACCAGAUUUCUACUUUAUGCCUUCGCAGAGGAAACACGAAGGUGAGGUUGUAAGGGUGUACGUUACGCCGCGAGAUUAGAACAUAGUCUUAAGUUUAUUUAAGUCUUAAGUUAUAUUUUUCAAAUAACUAAUUUACAAAGUCGCCUUAAUUAAUAUUUGAUUCGAGUAACGUCUCGCUGACUACUCCAUUGGCCAAUUAUUUAUAAAUGUAGAUAUAAAAUUGUUUUAUUGCGUUGUAAAGUAUAAAAUAUUAAUUAUAAGAGAAAAUGUAUUGCUUAGGUUCACAGCUUUAAAUAUUAUUUUGCUGUGUGCUAGACUUAUGUUAAAGUGUCAUGUUAGUUUUUAUCAUUCUUAAUUACUAACAUUUUUCCUUUUUCGUUUAUUAACAAUGGUUACCUGAAUCUAAACCAUUCUUAGUUCAAAAAUCACAAAAGUUAUAUACAUACAUAUGGUUUUAAUUUAACAAAUUUUCAAGAACAUCUUGUGAAUAACGGUGAAGGCUGUGUCUAAUAAUAUUUUCUUUUUACAGAAUUUUGAUGGAGAAUCGAAAACUAACAUUAAGUUACCAUAAUUUCUUCCGCACUUCAUACAAAUCAGUUCUAGUCUUGUGUCACAGUUUUAAAUUAAGUUCAGCUCAUUUCAUUAUUAUAUAUUGUUAUUGAAUAUAAUUAAAAUCAUAAUAAAUAUUAUAAAUAAAUCAAAAUAACAUUCGCACUACAAACAGCAUUUUUUUUCUAGUUGCAACAUGGUAUAAUUAUGCUAGUAAACUAAAUUAAUUAAACGAAAUUCAAUUUAAUGAAAACCGAAAAUAAUAAUUAUUAAUACAAGGUUAAAUAAACUUUCCUUUGAGUAAAAUUAGCUGUUUAGUUUUUUGCCUCCCGGUAAACUAGAUGGCGCUACUCGCGCAGCGAAUAUUUUAAAUUCAAUAACAAUAUAUUUUAGAUGAGGCAAGUACACAUUCAUUCGACUGCUCAGAUGGCAUCUUGCUAUAUUUGAAUGUGUACGUGUUGUAUAUAACGCUGUAUAAUAAGGCAUAUGUGUGUUUAACUUUCUUGCGGUGGGACUGAGGUUAUAUUUUACAUACAUAAAAUUAUAUUAAAUAUAAAAAAAAUUCUCCUUUGAUUUACGCAAGUCCUAAAUUUAAUAUUACGUGGCCGUCGGUGACCAUGAUUGCUCAUAACAACUCGUAUUCCGUAAAAUAGCUUAGUCUUAUAUAUGGGAACUGGCUUCCUAAAUAUACAAUUUUCAUAUAGAGGACGCUAGCACCUCACUUUCAAAUGAAUUAACCUUUUAGUCCUAAUAAAUAAACUUUGUUCAUACUAUUAAUUAAUAUUGUUUAUUACUUGCUUUGUCAAUUACAUAAUUAUCGUUCAUGGCAUAGGGCUCCCCAAAUUUCUAUUUAUCUUUAUAUAUUAUAAUUUUAAAUAAUCCUUAUCUUAGUUUCCCUAAAUAUAAUACUCUUAUCUGGGUUUUUUCUUGACUCACUUUUGUGUUCCUUAAAUAAUUUAUUUAUACCCAGUUCUAUAAUUUUGUUACCUAUUGCAGUUUUAUAACCUCAGUUUCUACUUUCAAUAGAAUAUGUUAACCGUCUUCCUCGAAAGAUGGCGUUGGUUCCAUGAACAGGCGCCAUCUGUUAUUUGUAUGGUGCUCUAGUUGGAGGUUGAAUGCUCAUUUUAUAAAUUGAAUAAGGUAGAUAUACUUUGUGUAUAAAAUUAUAUUUAAUGCUUUUUAUUGCAGUCUUUAUUAAGUUUAAAAUCAAGGUUGUAUUGUAUACGUAAAUUACGAAAUUAAAUGUUAUGGCGGCUGUACACACUCGUUAUAUUAUAAUCUUAUAGGGGUCAACAGAACGCGACAUUGUAUUCAUGCUCGCUUGUGAUGUCUCGAGCAUGUACAGCGGCCGAGUUCGAGUUUGAUAUAUUCAACUAUAUCCAAAUUGGUUGCCAGUAAAGUUUAUGUAACAAAAUAUUAAAAUUGUCUACCAAAAUAGCUAGAUAUAAUUAAUACAAAUAUAAAAUAUAAAUUAAAGGGAUAAUCAGCUAAUAUAUGAAUAAGAUAAUUUAUAAUAAUUCCAUAGUGUAAUUAUUGACAGAGUA